AAAUAAUAAAUUCCAAGUAAAAUACUCCGAUCCAAAAGUCUGCAAGAGUUUUCUUCUCGCAUGCUGCCCGCACGAAAUAUUAUCAUCAACUUUCUUAUUUCCAGAGUGUCUGGAAAAACCAAUUCCAAUCAGAACCAUUGUACAGUGUCAUUGAGAAAAUAAUGUCCGGUCGUAUGUUGUUGUACUUGCUCGAACACUUGCACGCGCGUUUUAUGUAAGUACUCACAAUCAAAAUCAAAAGGCUAAAAUUAACGACGUACGUAUUAAAAAAAACAAAGUUUAAAAAAAAGUUUUUCAAACAAAAAAAAAAAAAAAACAUAAUCAUUAACAUUUACUCUUGUUAAUUUUUUAUUUAUAUUUAAUAACCGUUGCUGCUGUGUAAUGUCUAAUGCACAGUAAUUAUUAUCUAUAAUAGAUAUUGAUAGUUAUAUCGCUUCACUAAUUCCAAAGGGACAUAUUUUUAUACGCCCUUUCGACUUUAGGAGAUAAGUUCUAAUCCAAAAAAGACGUGAUUUUUUUUUAAUGCUAAUCAUAUUGUAGACUUAUUCUAAAGCUGAAAUUUGGAAAAAAAUUUGAAAAACGGUUUACUCUAAGGGCCAAAUCCAAAACUUCCCGCUGUUUUCAAAAACAUUAUUAUCGGUAAACUUUUAGGUGGGAUUCGAAACAGUUUUUUAGUCUAAUGUUGAAAAAUUUUUGGAAAUCAAAUGUUUUUGAUUUUAUUUGAAGAAAACUCUUUUUGAAAUUUUUUCGCUAACGAUAUCUUUUGAAAAAAUGACUUAAUUUCGAUAGCUGAAGUGGCAUUUAACGCGGCUUGUAGAGUUUUAAAGCUGGAUAAAUUUUGGAAUCAAUCAAUGAGAAGUUAUUUGAAAAAAAACAUUUUUUCAAAAAUUUUAUUUUUUAAACUGCGUAUAUUCUGCGAUUAGGCUUAAAAAUCUUUACAAAUUUCACUGUGACUAUAAUGUUCUCAAGACUCCACUCGAUCUAAAAAUAUUUAAGAUCAAUUUUGAAAAAUUUGCCUUUUGUGUUUUGAAAUUGGGCAGCUGAUCAUCUCGAAAUUAGUCACAAUAGAUUCCUAAGACUUCAAAACUUCGAGAUCUCUUGAAAACUCCGUUUUUGAAAACUGGAUUUAAUAACUUCCUUUUUUUUUAUUUUCAAUUAUCUUAGCGGGAAGUUUAAAAUUUUUGAAAAUCAAAAGGGAGUAAAAUUUAAACUUUAUGUGAUUUUGGCUUUCAAGUUUUUUUUUUUUUUUUUUGAAUUUUCAACUAUAAAAUAAGUCUAAAAAUUGCAAUGAAAAAAUAUUACACGCCCUUUUGGUUUUAGAGUUUCCUAAAACCGAAGGGCGUAUAAAAAUAAGUUCUUUUGGAAUUAGUAUAGAUAUAUGUAUAUUCAUAUCUAUAUAUUUUUAUAAAAUUAUUCUAAUGUAAUAAUAAUUAAGGAUGUUAGGAGGCAGAUACACGGCCCCCCUCAAUUAUCUUCUAUUAAGUCUAGAAAUCAAGUCUAGAUAAAUGCUAACGCUAUGGUAAGUAGCGUAAAACAGUAAUUGAUUUAUGCGAAAUAUUAAAUAAUAAUAACAAAAGUAAAUUAUUAAAGAGUAUGACGCUUUUUGAUAAUAAUAAAUAGUAAAAUAAAAUAAAAAAUAAAUUAAAAAGUCGCCGAUAAUAAUAAUAACUCCGUGAGUAUUAUUGAUUAAAGUAUAUUAUUUUAAUAAUUUACGAUAAUAGAAGAUUUCACACGCACCUCACCAAUUGCUGAUUACUCUGUAAGUAAUUUCAUCAAAACUUUGAAAACUACUUAAUGAGUUUAUUAUUUUUAAAAUUAAAUUACAAUAAUAAAUAAAUAAAAAAAAAAUAAUAAUAAGAAUACGGAUAUGCAUGAAAUCGUGACAAUAAUUUGUAAAAUAAUUCUAUACACAAGAGAUUGGUGAUAAGUUUUUAACGAUAUAAUAAAAAACUAUUCUGUUGUAUGGGAAAAACGUUAAUGAGAUGAAUUAGAGAAAUAUUCUAGAUCAAAGACAAGGAAAUGAGAGAUAGGAGAAUCACAAGUUGACUUAAGAGUAAUUCAUCAACUUCAUGUGUAUGUGCUGAUUGUAGCAUCAUUACCAUCGCAUUAACGCGUCAAAAGGAGAGCUCUUGCCACUCUCGCAUGGACCUGGGAGAUUGCCCCCAGAUUCACGACUUAGCCCUGCGGGCUGACUAUGAGGCUGCGCAGAAAAAGAAAGAUCACUUUUAUGAUAUCGAUGCAAUGGAACACCUUCAGAAUUUUAUUGCUGACUGCGACCGGCGCACUGAACAAGCCAAGCAACGUCUUGCGGAAACUCAAGAAGAACUAAGUGCUGAGGUUGCGGCAAAAGCUAAUAGCGUUCACGUACUGGCUGAGGAAAUCGGAAAAAAAUUGGCAAAGGCUGAGCAGCUGGGAGAAGAGGGUUUUGUUGAAGAAUCUAUGAAGUUAAUGGGUGAGAUUGAUGAAUUACGUAAGCGUAAAAACGAAGCCGAACAAGAAUACAGAAAUAGUAUGCCUGCAUCGAGUUAUCAGCAACAAAAAUUACGUGUAUGUGAGGUAUGCAGCGCUUACUUAGGAAUUCACGACAACGAUCGACGGCUGGCUGAUCACUUUGGCGGUAAACUUCAUCUUGGAUUUAUCAAGAUUCGUGAAAAGUUAUCCGAACUUGAGAAAACAGUUGAGGAGAGACGCAGAGAGAAACGUGAGUCGAUGAUGGAUCGUGAUCGACAUCGUGAUGACCGUGAUCGGGAUCAUCGUGAUACGAGAAACGACCGUGGACGUGGUGGACUUGGAUAUCGGGAUCGCGAACGUGAUCGUGAACGCGAUCGCGAUCGCCGUGACCGUGAUCGCAGACGUUCGCGAUCACGUAGUCGCAGCCGGGGUAAAAGAUCUCGACGAUCACGUAGUGGCAGCCGUGGUCGUAGAUCCCGUUCACGACGUAGUGGAUCCAAUGAUCGUAAACGAUAAACUAUCGCGUAUUCCUUCAGCGAAUUAAUUUAAUAUUUUAUUAAUUAUAAUUAUAAUAAUAAUAUUGAUAUUGAACUUGUACUUCGACAUGACGAGACAGUAACAGACGUGACACUAAUUAAACAUUUGGUACAGACUUAUUUAAUUUAAAUAUAAAUCCGCAUCUUCAGAAGCCAGUCAACGAAGACUAAAACGUAAUUUAAUUUCACGCGUAUUUAAUUUUUAAUUAUUGUAAUUGCAGUUUUUAAUGAUAAUUAAUUAUAAUAAUAAUAAUAAUGUUAAAUCGGUUAUCGGUUAAAUUAAUUACUAUUAACAUUAACUAGAUCUUUAAUAUAAUACGAGGUUAAUUAAUUCGUGCCUGGACAUCGUCAUUGAUUUUUAAUAUCUUAUUAAAAAUAAAUAACAAAAGCAAUUACGAUAAUUGUUUCAUAGGGAUUUUUCAAGAUAUUGUAAACACGCAACACGGACUUGUGCGGCUAUUUUACGUGAGUACGUAGGCAAAUAAAAUUUAAAAAAAAAGUUUAAUUAAUAUUUCUAUUAAAACAAUAGAAAUAAAAAAAAAUUGAAUUAUUCAUUUAACAAUAAAUGGUUUUAAAUUCGGAUUAAAUGUUG